GCCAACAGCGUCAUUCACUCAGACACUUGAGGUGAACAGAUAACAGUGGUUCAGUGCAGUAAGGGGACGUAAACGUAGGCCCAGCAGAUACCUUUAACAUUGUUGCGUUGCUCAAUACAAACGCCGUUUCUGGUGACAAAGUGAGUCCCUGUGGCCUUUGCCAGGUUGGGAAUUCAGGAGAUAACAUAGGAAACCGGACGUGAGGUUUAUAAUGACAAGUUCAGGAAACAAGUACUGGCAGUGUCAUCAAGCCACCAUAAAUGAGCGCCUUGCUUUCCUCAGGAUGUCUACAAAACUAUCUGACCUCACCAUUUCCUUUCCUGGCCACAAGACAGAGAUUCAGGCUCAUCGACUGAUACUGGCGAUGAGUUCACCUGUGUUUGAGGCGAUGCUUUAUGGGCCCCUGGCAGAGAAAGACGUGUUGUUUCUAAAUGAUGACCAGCCUGAAGCCUUCAGAUGCCUGCUUGACUAUAUCUACAGCAAUAACAUCAACUUUACUGGGGUUGAGUUCACCCAUCAAGUGUACCAUCUGGCACACAAAUAUCAACUUGAUGAAAUCUGUCAGAUUUGUUCAGAGAAUCUGGCUGAAGAAAUUACCGAGGAGAACUUUCCAUUUGUUUAUGACACCGCUCUCUUCUUCGAUGAUCAUAAGUUACUCCAACGAUGUGAGGAGGUGCUAAUAACAGCCGCUGACCAAGUUUUAAAAUCCAAGAACAUCACGUAUCUUCGAUCAUCAUCACUAAAGCAGCUUCUCAGCCACCCAAGACUUGCAGUAUCUUCAGAGGCAAAUGUCUUCUCUGCCCUAUUGUCUUGGGGCUUAAGUCAGGUGAAAGCUGAAUAUGCUGUGGGACCAGUGACUUACUCACCUGUAGUUGAGAAAGAAUCACCCAAGAGCAUCUCUGCAAAGGAGGACGAAAAUGAGAAAGAGGAAGAAGCAGUUGAGAAGCACCAGUACAAACAAGAAAUGCAUAUACCAAAACUUCGUCCAUAGUGGAAGAUCCUCCUCUGGUAAGGUUCCUUACAAUGACAGCUAAAGAAUUUAUUCAAUAUGUGAUACCCUCGGGCAUUGUCACUGAAGAAGAGGGUGUUAUUAUUUUGCAAGGGAUCGAAGGUAUGUACUGUACUCUGCCCAAAUUUGUGUCUUCUGUUGCAGCGAAGAAGCGGUAUCCAUCCCGAAUAAAAUCUGUUGUUUUGUCAAUUUACCAGAUGAACAACGGCACUAGCAUCAAUUUUAUAUAUUAUACCACAAUUAAUCAUCACUUGCUUCAAAAUUUCAAGACAACCAAGGCAGUAUUGGUGGUGAAGAUUUCAUCUGCAUUUAUAUCAAGCCUUAAAGAAGGCAUUGUGACUGUGAAUGAUUCAAAUGGUGAAAUUGGUAAGGGUACAUGGAGAGGUACAGCUUGUCACUUUAAGAGACCCAUUAAAUUAGUACCUGGCGUGAUUUAUAACUUCGUAUUAAACAUUGAAGCAGCUUCCAUUGCAGUUAGAAACAGCAAUAUCAAUGUAUCACAAGACGAUGAUGUUACAUUCGUUGGCACGACUUCUUGUUUCCACAAUCUUGAGAUCGAAUAUACAACUGAAAAUUAGUGCUGACAGAAACCCAGAUUAAGUGUAAAUUAACAUUACAAUUCUUAGAAAGUGGAAUGAAUAAGAAGAAGGAAUAAUGGUAAAUCCUUUGUAGUGUAAGUGUGUGCACAUGCUAUACUGCAGUGUGUUGCUGGCUCUUGCACACAAACAAUUAGAAUAACAAAUACUGAAUUAUAGUUGUGUAAUUUUUUAUUAUCAUUAUCUUAUGGAAUAUAAUUAAAGUAUCAAUUAUUGUGAACACUGUUUUAUUGUGUAAAGGUACUGUAGUUUGUGUGUAAGAUAUAUUCUAGGAACGAAGACCAUAG